AUGGGAGGUCAUUGGGUCAAUGACCGCUACGCCACGGACUUCUGUCAUCACGUGCAAGCUCCAGCGCAUAUGCGUAUACUUUUCGGACCCAUCAGAUGGCUCAAAUCGACAGCAGCCUCUGACGAUGAUCUUCAGCAUGCGGAUAUUGACUAUGAGUAUACCUGUCUCGUCUGCUUGGACGAUAUCGAUCUCAAUGACCCCACCAUCCGCUGGUUGGGCUGUGGCCGCGAGAAGUGUCGAAUGCGGACACAUAUGGGCUGCCUCGCCAACUGGUUCCUGAAGGACGAUCCCACACAUCUGCUGCCCGUGACUGGCACCUGUCCUCUAUGUCGUGAGAAACUGCGAUGGGGUGAUCUCAUCCAAAAAUAUGGCGACGCACAUCGGGUCGAAACAAGUGAUGGGAUAAGUGUUCCGUUCCCCAUCCAAAAUAUCUAUGACCUGCAGAUUAUAUGCCAUCAUGUACACUCUUACCACGAAUACCGAAUGUAUAGCAAGAGGAAAGGGCGCAGGAAAAAAGCAGCCGACGAAACGGUUGAAACUCCGCCGAAACGCAAUCACCCAACAGAAACAGACACCGAUGUGCGCCAUGCCUCGGGGGCUGUGAUUGACAUAGAUGCCACCCCCCAUAUCUCUGGCAUUUUUGACGAGCUGGAUCUCAGCUCCCCGAAGCCGCUUCUGCAGAGAUUACAGACUCAAAGAAGAAAAGACGGUGCGAAGGCCACACAACGACGACCACGUAGUGCUGUGGAUCUUUUUCCAACGUCACGGAGUGACACUUCGUUUGCCAAUCUGUAUCAAAGUAUCAACACUGGCAUAGAAGCUGAUACGAACACACGACCCAGUACACAUACAUGCACGCGCAGAGAUACUACCACCACCACAUCGGACACAUCUAACAGGAACAGUAUAAACGAUGUAUUGAGUGCGACGGUAAACCCUCGCAGUACCACCCUUGUCAACGCACGCGGCAGUCCCAAUGCGCACCCCAAGACGGAAACGCGCAGGAGCGCAAGCACAAGCACAAGCAUAAACACCAACACCAACACCAACACCAACUCGCAGUCGGGUGUGACUGUGGAUGUAGAGUUGCUCCCAGAGAUAGAUUCUCGUACUUCCUUGGGGAGCCGGCAUAGAGAUUCACUCACAUCGGUCCGUUCCGGUAGUGCCGUAGCCCGAGCGCAGAGAGAGAAUGUUACCAUAGAUACAGACCAUGCGCCUGUGCCAAGCCACUCGCCACCGUUUGCGUUUGGCACCCAGCGGCAGAUGUCGCACACACCCUGUGACCUCACACUCACAGGCGCGGUGAGGAAUAUAUAUGAUAGUGGGUCGCCUGCGAACGAAGCUGAGAGAAGCCCACAGGCGUUGUCUCCAAGCACAAACACAUCUGGAGAUAGGAAUAGAGAGUGUAGUAGGUAUGCAGGCACAGACAUAUCUGGAAAUAGAAAUAGGGAGGGUAGUAGGUAUACAGGCACAGGUACGGCUGCGGAUAAAUCUAGGGAGGGGAAUAAAAGUGUGGAUAUCAGAGCGGAUUCCGAGUCACCGUGUGCGCGAGCACAUAGCACGCGCAUACGGCUUCCCAUGAGUGUGGUGGGUUCGGCUGUACGGCCGUGUGUAUCGCCCGGGGGGCACGGUGCCAAACGGAGGCUGAAGCACAGAGACGCACACUCUGAGGCACCUGCGCACCCCAGAGCGGACAAGGCUGUGGAUAGUGUUGGUGCCGCACCCAGUAGGAAACACAGACUCGUGAGCAACAAGAAAGAACCUAUAGUUAUUGAUAGUUCCGAUUCGGAUACAGAUGUGGUGCGCCGGCCGAAAAGCACGGCAUCUGCGGGGAUUAGGAGUGUAUUUGCAUAUGUGUCGAACAGCCCGUUAUCACCCACUCGCUCGCGGCGCCAGCUCGAUGGCAAGAAGGAGGUACAUUUAUAUAACCAGAAAGGGGACUCACACGCACCUAAAUAUAUGUAUGGACCACAGUCACCUCGACAUGGGCGUUUGAAUACACGCACACACCCGUCCAGUCGUACGGAUGCACGAGCAAGUUCACACGCACAGAUGGAUGUACUGACAGACCCAAGUCAGCAGGCAAAGUCACCGGCGAAGACACCGCGCCUACGGACAUACGUAGCGCUGAAUGUAGACGCGCCUGUGAGCCAAACACGGCACUCCCCAGUACUGAUAGCGUCACGAAAGCUUAAUACCGACGAACAGGACAUCACCAACCAACAACAGAACAUCACCAAUCAACAACAGAACAUCACUAACCAACAACAGAACCUCAAUCACGAGACUCCGAGUAGUAGUAAAUCCCCUGGUCUCAAUGUCAGCGGCGGUAGGAAUUGUCGCACGACUGCGGCAGAGCGGGGCGACCAGAGGGGUCCUACGGUUGUGCUGGAGGGGCAGUCAUCAGACAGUGAGGAUGAUUCGAUGUAUGGCAAGCUUUCACUGCGGGAACGGCUGGAUAUCGCCGGACAGUCGUGAGUUCCGAUACGCUGGAGGUUCGGUAUUGAUUGCUAACAAAUAUGUAGUACAUAAAUGAUCAUAAAAAUAAAUAUCCAG